CCCGUCAUUCCGCUGCUGAACGGUUUCCAUGGUAACCGUGACCGCGCCGCGGGACGCGCGCCGCCGUGAUACGGAGGCGAGACGGUGAGUCACCGACAGAAAACAGCUCCGGUAACCGACGGAGCGACAGCAGCAACCGACACACCGAGACGGGAUAGCACGUUAGCAUGUUAGCAUCCCGCUGCCGCGUGAGCCGGAGGCGCGAGACGGCUACGGACUGUCAAUGAGGCUGAUGACGGCAACUACCGCAGUGACAUCACAGCAACAGACAGCAGCAACAGCAACAGCAUCGCCUGCUGCAGGGCAGCGGCAACAUCGCCCUACAGCCUGACUGCAGAGCAACUACACGAGAGCAACCGGAGACAGCAGCAACAAACUGACGGCAACUCAGGGACUGCAGCAACUAAAACCUACAACAUCUGCAGCAGCAGCAACUCCAGCAACCUGGAGUUUAUCCAGUUGACAUGUGAGCAUCAACACGUUGCUUCAGCCUGGGAGACAGAGAGCAACUUCAUGAAGAGCAACCAGUGACAGAGCUACGAUUUCACUCACAGCAACGCAACCUGCCACUACAGCAACUGCCAACAGCAGGAGGACGUCUGCUUCUGACUGGACGGAUGGACGUCCUUUCAGACUGUCUCGCUGAUCAGCUGACCUGGACUCAGUCAGGUAACAGCCUCAGUUAAGCCCCGCCCAGCACCCACCUCCCCCUCACGUCAGGUGAAGACAACAGUCAGCAAGAUGAGCCUGUUGAAGGAGGUGGAGCCAGGACAGGAAAUGGAGGGGAAGGUGCAGACCUGGGCUCAGUCUCUGGUGUACACGCUGGAGGAACUCGAGUGUAAAAUCUGCUACAACCGCUACGACACGCGCAGCCGGAAGCCCAAACUGCUGGGCUGUCUGCACCGAGUCUGCGCCAAGUGUCUGAAGAAGAUGGUCGACAUGGGAGAGUCUUCGCCGUCCAUAAUCAGCUGCCCAUUCUGCCGCCACGAGACGUACGUCCCCGACGAAGAGGUGUGGCUGAUGGAGGACGACCGGCACAUCCUGGCGGUCCUGUCGUGUCAGGAUCGUGCUCGGCGAGGAGGUGGAGCAGGAAGUGGCAGCGGUGGGGAGGUAGUGCUAAGUCCCAGCAGUCUGACAGGGGGUGGAGCUGCAGGCAGCGGCGAGGAGGCAUCCCACCGCUCCUCGGACUGUCUCGUCAUCACCAUCAUGGAGCUCCCAGAGGAGUCGCCGUCCUCAGAUUCACUGAGCAUGCUCAAUGUAGUGGGUCUGUACCGUGCUCCCAGCCUGGACUCGCUGCCCUGCAACCUCCCGGGUCAGAAAUGCCGUGCCUGGACAUCCCGCAGCUUCCCACGCUGCCUACUGGGGGCACUCUGCCUGGUGUACUUUAGCUCGCUGCCGUUGGGGAUCUACCUGCUGAUGAUUGGUCAGCUAUGGCUGGGCGUGGUCCUCGUCAGUCUCGUCCCGUCCACGCUGCUGCUGCUCGUCCUUUACGGCUUCUGUCAGUGUCUCUGCCACGAGCUAAUGGAGGCGCUUGCUGCCCGCACGCACUCGCUACCGUGACAACAAAAUGUAGCCAUAGAAAAGCCUGUAGACUGAGCCAUCACACUCUGACAUCACUCUGACCCCGCCCUUUGUGAAUACCAGCAAGUCCCCCUCACACAUCCCCUUGGUGGAAAUACGGCCAAUCAGUGUUGAACUACGUGAUGACAUCAUCACAUAUAGGAAGUGGAGACAGUCCUCUCCAGUCAGAAGACAUCUGCUGACUAAUCAGAGACAUGUUACUGUCCUGGGCACCGAUCAUAAAACUGUUUUACCUGCUGAUUACAGAACACACCUGUACCUGUAUCACCUGUUUAUCCCACAGUCACAUGACCUGACAGGCUGUUAGCCUAGCUUAGCACAUACACUAAUCACAGAGGGAAAGUGCUAGCCUAGCUUAGCAUGUGUAUUUAGCUUUGAAGCUGUGCUUAUUCUAAGCUAUGCUAACAGUCGCGAUGUCCUGUCUGUAAAAUGAUUCAUGAACCCUGUGAUGAUGAUGAGUGUCACUUCCUGUCCGUGUAGUGGGCGGAGCCUUUGGAGAAUCAGCUGUUUAGUUUUGUGAUGAAAUAAAUAAACAUAAGUGA